AUGGCAACAUGGACGGUACAUUUGGAAGGUGGUCCGAGACGAGUGAAUCAUGCGGCGAUCGCAGUUGGAUCUAGAGUGUACACAUUCGGCGGCUACUGUAGUGGCGAAACGACCGACCCUCGUGAUCCAGUCGAUGUGCACGUUUUGGAUACCCAAAACUUCCGAUGGACCAAAUUGAAUCCUUGCUAUAUGCAUGAAGACGCAGUCUGCUCUCUACAGGAAAUUCACGCGAAAUCGGCAGGAAGUGAGAAGUUGGGCGGUACGGUACCGUUUCAACGAUAUGGGCAUACGGCAGUGGAAUAUGAUGGGAAGGCGUAUGUGUGGGGAGGACGAAACGAUGAUUAUGGAGCAUGUAAUAUGUUACAUGAGUACGAUCCAGAAAAGAACCUCUGGCGAAAAUUGGAAAUCAAAGGAUUCAUCCCACCGGCACGUGAUGGUCACACCGCCUGCAUCUGGAAUCAUCAAAUGUACGUGUUCGGCGGUUUCGAGGAGGACACCCAACGAUUCAGUCAGGAGACGUACGCUUUUGACUUCGCCACCGCCACGUGGCGUCAGAUUCACACCUCCGGAACGGCACCGCUUUGGAGAGACUUCCACACGGCGUCGGUGAUCGAUGGCGUCAUGUACAUUUUCGGCGGCAGAAGUGACCAUAAUGGUCAGGUCGGUGAUGAGCACUUGUUCCACACAACACAAGAUCUCUACGAUGACUCGCUGAUGGCUCUCGAUCUCGAAACACAGGAAUGGACAAAAGUCGAAGCGAGAAGUUCAUGUCGUCCAGGCGGAAGACGUAGUCACUCGACAUGGGUCCACGGUGGAAAGAUGUACAUGUUUGGUGGAUAUUUGGGAACACGAAACAAGCACUACAAUGAGCUCUACUGUUUCAAUCCCAAGGAAGAGUCGUGGAGUGUCAUCGAUGUUCGCGGCACGUAUCCAACUGCCAGACGACGUCAUUGUUCGGUGAUUUCCAGUGGAAAAGUGUACAUUUUCGGUGGAACCAUGCCAAACCCAUCCACGUGUCAUCCAUUGGCAUCGCCGAAUGCGUUUAAUGGAAAUAUCUCACCAAGUGGACUGUCGGAUCUCUCCGAUCUUCAUGUUCUUGAUUUCUUGCCCUCACUAAAAAUGCUCGCGAUGCGAACCAUCAUCAGUGACCCCGCCCACUCACCGUCCCAAAUGUUCGCUUCACUUUCAAACGAACUUCCCGCCGAUCUCCGAUAUGAAAUGUACUGUCAGGUGGCACCGAACAACGUGGCAAGCAGUGGACCGUUUAGAGUGGAUCAAUCUGGAUAA